CUCAUCUCUAUUGUUGAGAAUCUAACAAGGCGUGCGAAAAAAAACAUUUACAUUCGAGAAAUAAGGAAUUUUGUGAUCUACGGAGCUUUCCAUCGGUAUGCAUGGAUACUAGGACGACCGCCCCAUGCCGCGGGCUAACAAAUAGCAAUGACGGAAAAAACGGAGCACGCAGCUGGCGUGGAGAACCCUCGAAUAGCCGAGCCAAAUGUGGACCCAAAACCUCCUGAGCAGGAACCAGUUGCCUCCGAGAUUGGCCCAUCCGUAAAGGUGAAAUGCGAGCGACCAGAUGCAGAGGUGGAGGCCAAGCUUCGGGCCCUUAAUGCCAAGUAUAAGGCUGAAGCUUUGGCUGCAUCGCAAAGCACUAGCAAAGAUCGGGAAGAUGAGUCGGAAGACAGCGAGGCCUCCUCUGCAGAGGAUAAGAAAGACAUUGUGCCCGUCAAGUCAUCCAACGAGAUCCUCGCCGAGCUUUUUGGCGUUUUUAACGCUGCUCCGCCUGAAGAACUGCUAGACGAUAAGAAUCUUCUGAAGAAGAAAAAAGUCAAGAAGGAGAAAAAGGAGAAGAAAAGUAAAAGGAAGAAGUCUCCCAAAUCGGAUGGCGAGUGCAGUGACGCCAAUUCUUCCGAGGGCAAGCAUAAGCGCAAGCGAAAGAAGCACAAGCACAAACACAAAGACAGCAAGGACAAGGAUAAAGUUCGGGAUCGGGAAAAGUCCAAGGAAAAAAUACCGUUGGCGGGUGGGAGGACGACUUCUACUGAUAAAACUACAACGACUGGGAAGGAUAAAGUAAAGUCUGAAAACAGGAAGAGAUCAUCUAACGAGGUGGACAGUCAUUCGGACUCGCAUUCCCUUUUAAAGAGGGAGAGAAGCGAAAGGAAUAGGGACCGGGAAAAAGAAAAGGGCCAAAAUCAUGAACGAGACAGGGAUCAUGGUCGAGAAAGGGAACGGGACCGCUCCGGCAAUAGCUUCUAUAAUGGCCGAGAUGCGGCCCAGCCGAGAGAUACUGAAGCCGAGUCCAAGUCAAGACAGUCUCACGAUGUCUCUGACGUCUCACUAUCCGAUGAGGAGUCGUUUCUCCGGGAGAAGGCUUCUAAUGGUCGCCGCCGGCCGCAUCACAAUCCUUUUUAUGAUGGAAAGGAGGAGCCAAAAUCAGAACCAAAAGAAGAAAAAGUGCCCAGGCCAGAGCCACCGCAGAGCAAGCGGAGAGGGCGCGAUCAUGAUUCCCGGAGACAGCGGAGGUCAAGAUCACGCUCACGAUCUCGAUCGCGAGAUUUGGGCAUUGACAAAAAGCGCCUACUGGAGAUCGCCCGCAAAAACGCCAUUAAUAUGUUCAAGCGGGGAACACUGCCCGGAGUUGCAAAUAUGACACCUGAGGUCAAGGAUAAGGUGUUGGUCAAAAUGCGUUACGGCGGGCGAACUGUUCAGGAUCUGACAGAUUUCUGUAAAAAAAUUUCCAACGGUGACGGUCUCUCCGAUCUAAGCUCGGACGAGGAUUCUGACGUGGAUAAAAAUGGAAAUGCGAAGGCCUUCCAUCAUCCAUUUCAGCUUAAAGAACGGGAACCGAUUGUGAUGCACAUACGUAACGCCACGCCUCUGACGCCAGCCACAGCACGGCGGGAGGAUCAAACGAAGGCCAUAACGAUGCAGUUUCCGGUUUCAUCGGGACAAACGCAUCGCAUGAACGAGGUGUGGGUGCCGGUGGAGCCCAAGAGUGGACUGGCGCCACUGCCUUCUCUUCCAGUCGCAAAGCAAUCCACAACUAUUUUCAAGGAAACGCAAAAGAACGUGUUUGCCAAGUCCAUCCCCCCGCAGGAUCAGCAAGAACCAGCCUUUAAAUCAAUGGGGGGACCCAGUGUAAGCCCUUCCGUUCCUUCUGCUCCAGAACCCGUCCCGCCGCCCGUUCCGGUUACAGUCGAUGCUGCACCGCCGGCAACUGCGGCACCAUUUGUUCCUGAGGUGCCCAUACCAUCGGCAACACCAGCACCAAAACCUGCGCCAAGUGAAUCGAUAUUUCCGGAGGUGGCACCGCCCUCGAUGGAUGUGGGUAGCAUCAUUACUCAGCGCUUAAGUGCCAUUCGACGAUUACAGGAUAAUCCAACUGAUUCAGAAGCUUUAAAAAUGAUGUACAUCGCUCAGCGCAAUAUGUCUUCCUGGGCCAACUCGAAGCACUUGCCUGGUCAGUUCACCGGCAGCACUGGAGCUCAGGUGAUGAAGGCCCACGAACUAAACAGCGGGCCCCAGCUGUGGGUGCGCAAGGACCAAUUGACAUCUACCAAACCGGUGACCGGGGGCAUGGGUAUGGCGCUGCUGCAAAAAAUGGGUUGGAAGCCUGGUGAAGGCCUGGGAAGAACCAAAACAGGAUCUCUGCAGCCCCUUCUAUUGGAUGUUAAACUGGAUAAACGAGGCCUGGUAUCUCGCGAUGACCUCAAGCCACCUCAGUCGCGACAGCCACCUGUCCAGCGGCGAAACAAGAACCCACCUGCUCCCAUCGGAGGACCCGGCCCACCGGGAACGCGGAUGGGUGGAGCAGCCAUGGCAGGGCCGCCGACGGGGACAUGCCCUCCACUAAUCACACAGGACAAACAUCCCGUGUGUGUGCUGAACGAACUGACUUCAAAGAAUAAAUGGACGCCACCGCAAUACACGCUUCGCGAGAAUACCGGUCCGCCCCACUGCCGGACGUUCCUAUUCUCGGUGGAGAUCAACGGGCAGACUUACACGCCGGACAGGGGCUGCAAUAACAAGAAGGAAGCGAAGCUAAACGCCGCCAAACUUUGUCUCUGCGCUUUAGGCAUUCUCCCGCCAAGUUAGUAGCAGGAGUCGGGAGUAGGAUAAUUCUUAGAUAGUAAGAGGAAAACUUUAAUUUUAAGAUAAAACCGUGUAAUCUGUACAUAAUGAUAGCUAUAAAUUAUAACUUAAUAUUUAGUUGCAGGAAAAAAACUUAA